CCGAGGGGGUGGGGAGGGAGCCAGGCUGAGCGGAGCCCACGUGUGACGAUCGCGUUCCCGGCUCAGUAAUAUUCUCUUAGCGGGGCUUCGCUUAGCUUUGCUCUGUCUGUGUGUGUUUUUGUUAGUAACUGCCCAUAGUUGUGUUAGAUAUGGAGGGAGACGGGAGCCAAGCCACCUCUGGAAACCCAAACGACUCUCAGCAUGACCCGGGUAAAAUGUUUAUCGGCGGCCUGAGCUGGCAGACCUCACCAGACAGCCUUAGAGACUAUUUUAGCAAAUUCGGAGAAAUUAGAGAAUGCAUGGUGAUGAGAGACCCGACCACAAAACGCUCCAGAGGUUUCGGCUUUGUCACUUUUGCCGACCCGGCCAGUGUAGAUAAAGUACUCGCUCAGCCUCAUCACGAACUCGACUCCAAGACGAUUGAUCCUAAAGUUGCCUUUCCUAGAAGAGCACAACCUAAGAUGGUCACAAGAACAAAAAAAAUAUUUGUUGGUGGAUUGUCCGCAAAUACAGUAGUUGAAGAUGUGAAGCAAUACUUUGAACAGUUUGGCAAGGUAGAAGAUGCCAUGCUUAUGUUUGACAAAACUACUAACAGACAUAGAGGAUUUGGGUUUGUAACUUUUGAAAAUGAAGAUGUUGUGGAAAAAGUCUGUGAAAUUCAUUUCCAUGAAAUCAAUAAUAAAAUGGUAGAAUGUAAGAAGGCUCAGCCAAAAGAAGUGAUGUUUCCCCCAGGAACAAGGGGACGGGCAAGGGGUCUCCCCUACACCAUGGACGCCUUCAUGUUGGGAAUGGGAAUGUUGAGUUACCCUAACAUCGUGGCAACGUAUGGUCGUGGAUACACUGGAUUUGCCCCAAGCUACAGUUAUCAGUUUCCUGGCUUCCCAGCUACAGCCUAUGGACCAGUGGCAGCAGCAGCCGUGGCAGCAGCACGAGGCUCAGGUAGGGGGGCCCGUGGACGAGGCGGCUACAUGGCAUACCCGCAGAACGCAGGGGCAGGGUUCCCCGAUUACGGUUUCUAUUCCUCGCCCAGUGAUCAACGCAGUGCCCCCUUCUCGUUUGCUGACUAUGCUUCCCUGGGACCCCAGGCUGCUCAGAUGCUUCAAAGCGAGCAUGCCGCAUCCACCAGCAACUCCCCCCUGCAUCACCUGCCCAGCCCGGAUCAAUUUAAGAACCCAGUCCUGAAUAGCUACACUGCUCAACCGAAUUUUGGCGCCCCUGCUUCCCCGGCAGGCACCAACCCCGCUCGACCUGGAGGAUUCCCCGGUGCUAACAGCCCAGGGCCCGUUGCAGACCUCUACGGCACGGCCAGCCAGGACUCCGGAGUGGGAAACUACAUAAGUGCAGCUAGCCCCCAGCCUGGGUCCGGCUUUGGGCACGGCAUCGCAGGUCCGUUGAUUGCGACAGCUUUUACAAAUGGAUACCAUUGAAACCUAACAUGUGGUUGGUUGCCAUCUCACUUUGAGGAUUCUUAUGAAGAGUAUAUCUGGAGGUCCUGGCAAGAUGGGCCGAAGCUUCUAACUAGUUCAGUACACGGGUGAUGUCAUCAACAUUCACGCACUACAGCAUCACCAUGAAGAUGGAUGCAGAGGUGGCAAGCUGCAGGAAUGGUGUCACAAUCAUCUCAUGAAAUCUACUGUACUAUAUUGUUAUAAACCUGGCUUUUAAAACAUUAUUGUUUUUUUUCUAACUAAGUAACUUCUGUCUCUUGAUUAAUUUUUUUUUUUUUUGUUCAUUUGAAACAUUUGAAUCGAAAUGCUUUUCCCUUGGUUACCGAAGUAGUUGGUGUCUUCUACUUCAGCUUUUAAUGUUACAUUAUGUGUAUGUCAAUUAUACUUUUAUGACAAUGUGUCCAUCUUAAGCUUCUUUUCCUUUUUUGUUAGACUUCAUGUAUUUAUAAUGAUUACAUUUUUAUUUGAACUUUGGUACCAGUAAUUCACUGCACAAACACACACUGAUAAAGAGACAGAGCAGCUGGGCAUUUCAAGUGAAAAUGGUGAGAAGGUAGCCAACUCACUAACCUUAGUGGCUGUUUUUUGUGAUGUCUCGUUGUUAACCAUAUUUACAGUAUCUAUUUUGGGCAAUAAGGAGAGGACUACAAUAUUUUCAUGGUCCUUUUUUCUAUAAGUGUUGUUUUUGUUGUUGAAUAAGAGGUGAUAUUAUAAAUGCUUUUUCUUUUGAAAAUUGUGAAUUAAGUUUUAAAAUAUUGUAAAUAUUCCUGUUACUGCAUAUAAACUACAAAGAGAGAUACUACAUAUUUUUGUGACGGUGGUACAUUGAAGGCUGCUGAGCACGAGUGGAGCUGGAGCUACACUCCUGACUCCGAGGCCUUCAACUGACUGCUGAAGAACUCAACAGGAGAAUCACUGUUUGUUUGUUUGCUCUGUAAAUACUUUAGGCCACACAACUGUACUAGCGUCAUACCAGCAGAUCUCUCGCCUCAUCGGCUUACCAGUACUCCACAGCUGAUGUUUCCUUAAACAAAAUCCCAUUUUCUUGUCUGUAAACUGCAAGCUACAACCACAGAGUAAUAUAACUUGGGUUUAUUUUUAACAUUUUGCUUCUUAGCUUUCUUUUGGAGCAUUCUGAUGGUCCAUGCAUCCACAAAAGCUUUUACAUGUUGAUUGUUUUCCCAGUUGGUUGCUUUGUAACGUAGUCAUACACCGAGAGACACAAAACCUGUUUUCAGCAUAGUUAAGGCAAUACGUAAACCCUGUUUAACUCUAUCCAUAAAGAGUCCUCUUCUGAGCGAGUAAGGAAUGCGAACAUUUUUAUACAAAUACCUCAGUGCUGUGAGUUCACCAUAGAAACAAUGAAAGAGUAAUUUAUUGUAGAUGUACGGAGUCAAGAGUAAGGAAUAAAUAAAAUAAAAAAAACAAACAUCAUUGCACUGUGACCUGGUAGGGAAGAACUGGUUUCUUAUUUGCACAUUGUUUAAAGUUGGCUGUUUAAAAUGGUCUUCACUGGGGGGUAAAAUAUGAAGGAUAUUUUUAAUUUCAUUUAAUUUUUAUAUAUAAAUAUACAUAUAUAUAUAAAUAUAUCAAUAAGUAAACACAGCUGCAGAAGCAAACAGAUGUACAUUUCAGAAGGUGGCAUUAAGAUACGAUACUAAAGACAUCUGGAAAUUGUUUGAAUACAAUAUGCCACGUUUUAAUAUUUUUCAAAUGUUUCUAAAUGUUGGUAUUUUAGGUACAACCUACGAGACACUGAAUGCGAUGUUGUUAACAGAUCUGCUGCACUCCUAGCUGCUUUAUUUACUUUUUUAUAGAAUGAAAUUAACUUGUGGUUACACAAAUGGUCAUUUAAAUCAUAGGGUUUAAAAAAAAAAUGUACAGCUCUGGAAAGACGAGAAGAGACUGAUGUAAUUGAUGGGGCGUUUUUAUUAUGGUUUUCUUUUUUGUUUUUUUGUUUUUUUUAUUUGGAACAACAGAGUAGGGCAAAAUGCUGGAUGCUUUUUAAAAAUAAAGUAUGAAGACUUGAUCAAGUAAUAAUUAACUAAUAAUGUUAUAACUAUAAAAAAAAAAAAAAACUGUUCCCUUGAGCAAUUUCACUUUUUCUGAAUCAGGGGAUUUUUAUUAAUAUUUUUGUGGUUGUUGACAAUUAUAAUAAUAAUGUACUGUACCUGCAUCAAUUUCUCUCUUUCCAUUCCCUGUCGCCUCAAUAAUCUUUUGUUGAUCAUUAAUGUAAUUCAGUAGUGUGUUUAAGAGGGAAAACAAGACCUCUUGUAAUACUGUGCAGUCUUGAUGAUAAUGUAGUGGUCUUUCUGCCCUGACCUCAUCAUGCCCUCCAUGACUUCCUGUCCUCCCUCCCCAGCUCUUUCUAUUUUGUCUGUCGUUUCUCUCUCUUUCUCCUUCUCUCUCUGUCUGUCUCUUUCACUCUCUGUCUUUUAGCAAAUAGUAGUAGGUGUUAUGUAAGUACGAUUAAGAGACAGAUGUAGUAUGUAGCAGAUUUAGGACCAGUAAGGAUAGAACUUUCUCUUAAUAAUUAUUGAAGUAUCAUUAAUAAUUGCUAUCAGUACUUUUAAUGGCAAUUGUCUUUUUUCUUUCUUCUUCUUUUUUUUUUUCUGAUCUCGCAUGGUUUCAACUAACCAAAGCUCUCAAGAAGAAAUACAAAAAAAUGCUGUAAGACCGAAUUUAAAAAAAAAAGGCAUUAAUUGGGUCCCCGCCCUUGAAUGUUUAUAAAGGGGGUAUGCCAUACUACCUUAAAUGCUAAUGCUAGAUAUGCAAAACUGUUUUAUUUUUAAUUAUUUUUUAAGAGGGACGCAAGCUAUAAUUAUGAAAAAAAUGAUUUUAUUACGUGAAAAAUCAUAUUUUUUUAGAAAGUUCUAACAAAGUUGAUAAAAAUGUGUAAUGUUUUGAUGUUUAUACACUUAAAUAAGAAAUCCCCACGGCACAACUAUUUUUGGAUACUGAUAUGUUUUUUUAAAUAUGUCUGCCUAGAUUAAGGAGUAAUUUAGUUCCCACUCAUGUAAAAUCAUUCUUAUUUUUGUACUUGAUGGCUCUGGAAUCUUCAUUUUAAUCAAACUUCUGUCUCUAAUCUUUUCACUCCUCUGACUCUGGGAUGUGCAAUAUAAGGGACAGGGGUGCUUUGCAGACUCUCUUACAAGGGUCAUCUCCUUUUGAGGACAAAAUUCAUUUUAGAUAUUUUUGGCCAGAGUGGCCAAAGCACAACUGAUCUUAACCUAUGGGCUGGCCACACCUGUAGUGCUAAUGUCUCUGUUUUAAUGCGGUCUGUUUGACUGAAUCCUUUGGCUCAGACUGUCCCUGAUAAGGUGCCCCAGUUUACCGGUUAUUUGGAUCGUGCUGCUGAUCAGACCUCUUUGUUAAUGUGUCCAGUUCUUUGGUCAUUUGAUCAGUGUCUAGCCUGGUGCUGGACAGGACAAGAGACAAAUUCUACUUUUAUACUGGAAAUUUGUCACUAGUUUGGAACAGGGGCUACAGGUCUGGUGCACAUAGUUAUAAAUUCUGCCGAAAUUCCUCAAAUUGCCAAUGAUCUGUAUUAGGUGCUGCAAACUCACUUUGUUUUUGAUUAAAAUAAAGACUGGUGCAUCUUUAAAUAGGUCAUAACUUUUAUUGAUUUAUAACUGUAGCUUGGACUUUAAGGUAGCAUGGCUCUUUUGCUGUAAUUUUUAUUUUUCAUUGUACAGCAGUUUACAGCUGAUGAAUGUUAUACAUCUUGCUAGACUAGUUAUUUCAUUGGAUAAUUGUUGAUAAUAUACUGACCUGAAAGGUGUUCUGUUUUUAUUGUAGAGUGGACUUAUGGUAUCCAUUGAAACUUGAAUCACAUGGCAAGUGCUAGGCAGAGAUCAAGCUAUCAAGCAGUGGCAAAGGAGUGAAAAAUCAGAGCGUAAACCACAUGUCUCAACAUCCAGUUCUGAGUGUGUACGUAUGUACAGACUGGUACCCAAACUCGCAACACAGUUCGCUUGACAAUACUUGAAAUGUAACUAUUCAUGCAGCCAAAACAUCUUGACAACUACUCUCACUGGGAAUACUGAGCACUUAGCAUUUACCGCUGGUAAAUACUGACCGUAGGAACUUUUGUUUUUAGUAUAAUAUGCUUUUUAGUUUUUAAACAGUACACAGAUAUAUCUAAGUAUAUAUAUGUCUUCUUGCAUAGCUCAACACUAAAAGCUGUGGGAUGCUGACAAAGACAUGGUAAAUUAUCCAAAAAACUUUUUUUUUUUUAAAACCAGAUGGCUUAAAUCAUGGUUUCUGGGUUUCAGCAUCUUCACACACCAUGCAUUUUCUCCUAAACUUGAUUCAAUCUUCAAGGAUGUUGUUUAUAGCUUGCCGCUUUUAUUACAUAAACACAUCAAAGGUGUAUAAUGAUGUAAUCUGAUUGAAGAGUACAAAUUAAAAUUGAAACUGACUGUUACCAGCCGAAUUUCCUUUGAGCUUCUCUUAGUGGGAGCUCUCACCGCAAAUGCCUAGGAUAAACAACCUGUUAGAGGGAGCUGUUAACACAGAGGCCUGUCAUGCACAACCCUGGGAGCUGUCAACACAGAGCUGUAGCCUUUAUGUCCCAGUGUGGGAGCCGUUACUGCAAAAGUCUUCAUGUCCACAGCCUAGUUAGUGGAAGCCUUUUCUGCAAGGGCCUAGCAUUCAUAUUCACAAGUGACAAUGUGACUCAGUUCUGUUGCUGUAAAGAUCCACUACUGUAAGACUCCCAAUCCAUUUAAUGGCAGUGGUUGCUGCAAACGCCAAGCAUCCACUCUUUGUGCAAAGAGAGCUGUCAAUGCACAGGUCUACUAUACCUUUCAGUUCCUUUAGUCGUAGACAUUAAUAUCGACAUUGUAACAUUUUUAGUUUGGCUCAGUAACGCAGAGGGUUGGCGCUAACAUCACUUAGCUCGAGCCAUUAGUUUGAAUGCUUAGCCCUGGCAGUACUGUGGCAGGUUUCUGUUAGUACAUUACUAUGUUAACACUCACAUACCUGUUACUGUGAGCUGUUAGUGCAGAGCCCUGGCACUAACACGUUCACACAGAGGCGUAGCUUAGGUCUCACAAGCCUCUUGUUCGAGAAAUUGUACUCCGGGUGCCGGUGAGGAAAAGUUGUGCAUCGAAGGCCAGCAGUUAAUGCAAAAACCAAGCAGUCACACAGCUGUUAGGGGGAACUGGUUCUUGCAUUGGCCUAGCAGUCACAAGCCUGUUAAGGGCAACUACUAAAGCCUAGCUCUCAGGCGUUUGUAGAAGGAGCCAUUAAUAUGGAGGCCUAGCACUCGCCCACUUUUAAUGUUAACAGACUUUCAACUUGAGGACUGACUGAUAGCAUCCUUCAGGUCUUUGUGUAGGGCUUUCUUGAGCCCUGUUGUAAAAUAAACUUAUGUGGAUGGGGGUCUCUCACAUCACAAACGUGGAAAGUAUAAUUUUAUAUUUGUAUUUUCAAAAAAUAAUUAAAAAAUGUUGUGAAAGGUUUCCAUCCUCUACUGUGGUCCAGAAAUCAAUGUGUUUGUCUGGAAAAAAUAAAUAAAAUAAACUGUUUUGAA